GAGGGUAGGCUGCUGUUUCGCUAGAUUGGCCGAAGUGUACAUCUGGGCUAUGAUCUGGCGACUGCUGGCAUCAAUCAAACCGCGCCGCUGAGAGGCACUCUUCAUCUGAGAGUUAAUUUCUAUCUUCACAAUGACUGCUGCAUCUCCUGUCAAGUCAUCACCACUACAUGUUGUGUCACCAUUGGUUCCAAGCAACAUGUUGUCUGAUGUAUGUGGUCAACAAGCUUUACUCAAGCUAGAGAACAUUCAGCCAUCAGGUUCUUUCAAGAUCAGAGGUAUUGGACAUUAUAUUCAAAAGAGCACUGAAAGGGGAUGUGACCAAGUAGUUUCAUCAUCAGGAGGCAAUGCAGGGAUGGCAGCAGCUUAUGCUUCCAAAGUUAUGGAAAUUCCAGCUACAAUAGUGAUUCCAAAGUCCACACCUUCAUUCAUGAUAUCAAAAUUAAAACAAGAAAAGGCUGAAGUUUUAGUCCAUGGUGAAGUGUGGGAUAUGGCCCAUAAAAAGGCAAUCACUUUAGCCGAAAAUAAGAAAUGUUGCCUUGUUCAUCCUUUUGACCAUCCAGAUAUUUGGGAAGGCCACAGUACAAUUGUUGAUGAAAUCCUGGAACAGAGCACUGAAUCACCUGCUGCAGUUGUUGUCUCUGUUGGUGGUGGUGGUUUACUCUGUGGCAUCUUGAGUGGCUUGCACAGACAUGGUGCUACUGAUAUUCCUGUGGUGGCAAUGGAAACAGAGGGUGCUCAUUGCCUUAGAGCAGCUUUAGAUACUGGGAAGCCAGUCUCCAUUGGGGAAAUCACUAGCAUCGCAAAGACUUUAGGUGCACUGUGUGUGACUCAAGGUGUGUUUGAUCUUAAGCAAGACAUUCAGCUGUCAUCCCAUGUUGUAUCAGACAAACAAGCAGUAGAGGCAUGUACCAAAUUUGCAGAUCACCAUCGGAUGUUGGUAGAGCCAUCCUGUGGAGCAGCAUUGGCAGCUGGAUAUUCUGGACUGAUCCGGGAGUUAAAAGAAAAUAAUUUUAUCAAAAAAAGAGGGCCAAUAGUGUUUAUUGUUUGUGGUGGUAAUAUUGUGUCAAUGGACAGUUUGAUACAGUGGAGGGAGCAAUUCAAAAUUUAUUAGUUUAUUUGCCUAUAAACUUUCAAAAGUAAAUAUUUGUUUAUCAUACCUCAACAUAUCAAUUGUUCUGAAAGAAUUAAGCAUGUAAGAACUGCCAUAAUUCCAAGUAUAACAUGCACAGUAAACCCUCUAUAAAUCAGAUAUGUAUAAGUCAGAUUUUGAAUAAACUGGAUUCUAUAUA